AAGGGGCCAACUCGUCCUUGCCCUCGGGCAGUUGUUCCCAGGACCAGAAGCAGCCGGGAAGAGCAGAAAGGAUGGGCCGUCUGUUCUCUCUGACCUGGUGGCUGAUGGUCACAGUGGCAACCGCUUGGUUCAUCAGAGCUGUAGCCACAGACUCCUCGGAAGCAAGGAGGUGCUCUGAGUGUCACAGCAAUGCCACCUGCACGGAGAACGGGGUCGUCACGACGUGCUCCUGCCAGGAGGGCUUCACCGGUGACGGCCUCGUGUGCGCGGACCUCGACGAAUGCACCAUCCCAGGGUCGCACAACUGCUCCGCCAACAGCAGCUGCGUGAACACGUUGGGCUCCUACGCGUGCGUCUGCGCAGAUGGCUUCCGCCUGUCGCCAGGGCAGGGCUGCGUGGACGUGGACGAGUGCGCCGAGCCGGAGCUCAGCCGCUGUCACGCUCUGGCCACCUGUGUCAACGUGGAGGGCAGCUACCUGUGCAUGUGCCCCGAGGGCUACGGGGGCGACGGAUGGCACUGCGAGUGCUCCCCGGGCUCCUGCGGCCCAGGGCUGGACUGCGUGCCCGAGGGGGACCAGCUGGUGUGUGCCGAUCCGUGCCAGGCGCACCGCAUCCUGGACGAAUAUUGGCGCAGCACCGAGUACGGGGCUGGGUACACCUGCGACACGGACCUGAGCGGCUGGUACCGCUUUGUGGGCCCGGGUGGCAUGCGCCUGGCCGAGACCUGCGUGCCGAUCCUGCGCUGCAACACGGCUGCGCCCAUGUGGCUCAACGGCACGCACCCGUCCAGCGACGAGGGCAUCGUGAACCGCACAGCCUGUGCGCACUGGAGCGGUCACUGCUGCCUGUGGGACACGCCGGUCCAGGUGAAGGCCUGUGCCGGUGGCUACUACGUCUACAACCUGACAGCGGCCCCCGAGUGCCACCUGGCCUACUGCACAGAUCCCAGCUCCGUGGAGGGCACGUGCGAGGAGUGCAGUGGGGACGAGGACUGCAUAUCGGAUAACGGCAGGUGGCGCUGCCAGUGCAGACAGGACUUCAACGUCACCGACAUCUCCAACCUGGAGCGCAGGCUGGAAUGUGGGGCCAAUGACAUCAAGGUGUCCCUGGGCAAGUGCCAGCUGAAGAGCCUGGGCUUCGACAAGGUCUUCAUGUACCUGCGGGACAGCCACUGCUCGGGCUUCAGGGAGAAGGGCGAGCGGGACUGGAUGUCUGUGGUGACCCCCGCCCAGGAGGGCCCCUGCGGGACGGUGUUAACGAGGAAUGAAACCCAUGCCACCUACAGCAACACCCUCUACCUGGCGAAUGAGAUCAUCAUCCGCGACGUCAACAUCAAAAUCAACUUCGCGUGCUCCUACCCGCUGGACAUGCUCGUCAGCCUGAAGACCUCCCUGCAGCCCAUGGUCAGCGCCCUGAACAUCAGCGUGGGUGGCACGGGCGAGUUCACGGUGCGCAUGGCACUCUUCCAGAGCUCGACCUACACGCAGCCCUACCAGGGCCCCUCCGUGGCUCUGUCCACCGAGGCUUUUCUGUACGUGGGCACCAUGCUGGAUGGAGGGGACGUGUCCCGGUUUGCCCUGCUGAUGACCAACUGCUAUGCCACUCCCAGUGGCAAUGCCACAGACCCCCUGAAAUACUUCAUCAUCCAGGACAGGUGUCCACACACUGCGGACCCCACCAUCCAGGUGGUGGAGAACGGAGAGUCCCCGCAGGGCCGGUUCGCCGUCCAGAUGUUCCGUUUCGCUGGUAACUACGACCUGGUCUACCUGCACUGCGAAGUGUAUCUGUGUGACACCGUCAACGAGAAGUGCAAGCCCAGCUGUUCCAGGGCCCGAUUCCGAAGUGGGGGCUUCAUAGACUCGUCCCGUGUCCUGAACCUGGGUCCCAUCACUCGGAAAGGUGUCCAGGCCACAGUCUCCAGGGCUGCUUCCAGGAGCUUGGAGCUCCUGAAGUUCUGGCUGCCUCCGCUGGUCUCGGUGGCCUUGACCCUGACAUUUCACUGA